GGUCCCUCGCCCGACGCGACGUCCCGGCGGCGCGCCGUGCUUCCGACCCGAGGCCCCCACAACAUAACCUAUACGAAUAAACGACCGUCAGUCAGUACGCCGCGCGCCGCCGAUCGAGGCGUUCGUACACGUGCGUCACGGGCAAUUGUCUCGCAACUUAAAACAUACAAGUGCACACCGACUCAUAACCCGUAUAUUUUCGGAGAGUGCCCACUAUUUAUACCGUGUAACAGAACGAUUCGCAUCCUGGCUGACGUUCCUCGCAAAUGCGGGCUUUGGACAUCUGUGAAGAGAAAAAUAAAUAUAGCAAUCCGAAACAGAAGGAGCGCGAGGCGCCGGCGUGGCGUCUACCUCCACACGCGCGCUGAUGACACAAUAAAUUGUGAUGCUGGCACGCACAGGACCCUAUAGGAAAUUGCGUCCUAGAGGACGACGGAGGACGUUAUAGCCCAACAACUAGUUACAUAUUAAGUGCAAGUGCCUAAAUUGUUAUAAUGAUGUUGGGAAACCGACGUAACUUUGUCUUUAGAGUGAGUAUUGUCAUCAAUAUCGCCGUGCUGCUGUACGCGGCCCUGCAUCUCUCCGGCAACGGAGCGCCGGGAGUCGAAUGGGUGCCUAUUACGGUCGACGGUUCCGAAAGGACUGCUGAAUUCCGAUAUCUAAACAGAGACGAGGUGCGGAAUGAAACUGAAACUAGACCUAUCGAGUCGAGUGUUAAAAACAUCGAAGAAUCAACGUCCCAGAAGACGCCUUCGACGAUGGCGACAACUAAUAAAACGGCGUCGAGUACAGCAUCGAUUGCAGAACUAGAGAAAAAACUGCUUAGUAUAGUGCCAUCCGAACCAGAAACUACCAAUGAAACGAUACUCGAUAUUGUCGAUGAGAACGCUUUGACUGACGCGACUCUAGCGCGACUACGUACACUCCUCGGCUGCAACGAAAAAGAUUUCCUUCCUCAAACUAUACAAAGAGGUGACUUUUGGGUGUUGAAAAAUUAUGUGCGUGCUGACCAUGGAAUAAUACUGUGCCAUGAAACUAUAACUUAUACUACACACGCCGGUUUUGAGUUCCUGGACAACGUGCAGCCUCUUGUCGAGAGAUGGAUGGCACCAGUAAGUCUGGCAAUACACGCGCCUGGGGCUGACUUAGCCCCCACCGUGGACAGCAUCAGAUAUCUCCGCGACUGCCUUAACAACGAUCUCAUUAGACAAUACGUCACUUUCCAUAUCUUCUUCUCUAACAAACAUAUACCUAGUAAGAUACCAGAUCCAGAAACUUUUCUGUUGACUCCGUUCAAUUGUACAAGUCGACCUCCGUACAGUGUGGAUGCAUCAUCGACGUAUAUGAAGUCUAAGAGCUUGCUAUACCCGGUCAAUGUGGCUAGGAACGUCGCUCGAGAUUCCGCUUUAACUCACUUUAUUCUUCCAUCGGAUAUAGAGCUGUAUCCAAGCCCAAACCUUAUACCUCGCUUCUUGAACAUGAUCGCUAGAAACGCGAAACCGCUUAACUCUACAAAGCCAAGAGUCUUCCCGAUAAGUAUCUUCGAAGUGGACGCUAAAGUACAAGUGCCGUCUACCAAAACGGAGCUACAGGCGAUGUUAGCGAAGAAAACAGCCAUCCCCUUUCACAAGUACGUGUGUCCCAACUGCCACAAUAUACCACAGGGGCAGCAGUGGAUGAAUGCACCAGAAACUAGCCAAAUGGACGUCUUCCACGUUGGCAAGAGACGUGGCAAAUACGUCCAUUGGGAACCAAUCUUCAUAGGCACUCACCAGGACCCCCACUAUGACGAGCGGCUCAGCUGGGAGGGGAAGAAAGACAAAAUGACUCAGGGUUAUAUCCUCUGCGUAAAGGAUUACGACUUCAUGAUACUGAACAACGCCUUCCUCAUCCACAAGCCAGGCAUUAAGCAUUAUACCAAGAACCCCAAACGAGACGCAAUCGCCGGCCGCCAGUCGAGCUUUGUGAAAAACGUCAUCAUGCCUGAACUCAAGAAACUGUACGGCGUCAGAAAUGGCUGCGCUUUGUGAUCUAUAUACAGAUUAAAAAUAACGCACAAAAAAUUACGCACUAUACAAUUUGACUUGUCAUAUUGACCUGUAUAGUUCAACAAACUUACCGGGCCCGGUGAGAGGCGCUCUUAACACGUUUAGUUCUGUCAAUAGUUGACAGGGGGCGCUAUUGAACUGUCAUAAUUUAGUUUGACUUAUGCCCAACUGGUCAGAUAUCUUUGUCAAUCUAAAAAAACCUACAUAAGGCUAUAGAAAGUGACGUAUAAAACAAGACGUGAGAAGACGCUACAUUCCAAAAAGGAUUUUGUGGCCCUUUUGUGAAAUUGACACGGGGACGCUAAUGAGCUAUAGUAAUGCAGUUUUACCUUUGCCCACCGGGUCAGAAAUGUUUGUAGAUCUAUAACCUUUGCCCUGGUUAAAAAAAACUAAACGAAACAAAACAUAUCAUGUUAAAAUUAAGACGUAUUCGCUUACUUCUAUACUCGUUACAAUUUAAUCGAUUAGAUUUUGUAUUCAUUAUAUCUUUUGCGGACAUAUAUUAUUCGAUAAGUGCCUAAUUAGUGACUGUAAUUGACCAAUAAUAUUAACUUCCAGAUUCAUACUCGACUUUUUACUAAAUACCAUUACAAAAUCUGUCCAAAUUGAUAAGAAAGUUUAUUAGAAAUUAUUAUGUCAAAAUUAAGUCAUAUCUGGUUAAAUAAGUACUAGUUAAUGAAGUCAACAACUAAGAUUAAUUAAUGGAAUUGGAAC